ACGUUGCUUCCGGCGGCUGCUGUGGCGGCGGCCAUCUCAGGGCGCCGGCGGGCGGGUCUUGAGGCGGCACUGGGGCAGGCGGCGGGAGGGGUGGUUGCGGGGCCGUCAGGGAGCCGCAGCGCUGAGGGUAGCGACCGGAGGCGGGCCGCCAUGGGGGCUGAGACCACGCCGUGAGGGGCUGAGCCCAGCGGCGGGCGUCAUGGCUCUCGGCAGCAGGGCGGCCUUGUGGUGGGCCCGGCUGCUCAGUCCCGGCCCCGCUGCUGCCCCGCGGGGCUCGCCGGCAUGGCUGGCUGCGGGGCUUGUGGUGUGCCGGCGGCCCUACAGUUCCGGCGGCAAGGAAAAAAUAGAUAUGUCAAUAUAUUCUGUUGAAAGCAUAAGAAACUUCAGUAUUAUAGCUCAUGUAGACCAUGGCAAAAGUACAUUAGCAGACAGGCUGCUGGAAAUUACAGGAACAAUUGCUAAAACUGACUGUAACAAACAAGUGCUGGAUAAACUGCAAGUGGAACGUGAAAGGGGAAUUACAGUUAAAGCACAAUCUGCGUCUCUCUUUUACAAUCACAAAGGAGUAAACUACCUCUUAAAUCUUAUUGAUACGCCAGGCCAUGUAGAUUUCAACUAUGAAGUAUCCCGGUCACUGUCUGCCUGUCAAGGUGUUAUACUUGUAGUGGAUGCAAAUGAGGGUAUUCAGGCUCAGACAGUAGCAAACUUCUAUCUUGCUUUUGAAGCACAACUUGCAAUAAUUCCUGUCAUAAACAAGAUUGACUUGAAGAAUGCAGACCCUGAAAGAGUUGAAAAACAAAUUGAGAAACUGUUUGAUAUCCCUGUUAAUGAAUGUAUAAGGAUUUCUGCUAAACAAGGGACAAACAUUGAAAAAGUUCUUGAAAAGGUCAUUGAGAAGAUUCCACCACCCCAUUUUAAUACUACUGAUCCGUUGAAAGCUUUAGUAUUCGACUCCACCUUUGACCAUUACCGAGGUGUCAUAGCUAACAUUGCACUCUUUGGUGGGGAGAUUCAGAAAGGGCAUAAAAUUGUUUCUGCACACACAAAGAAAAGAUAUGAAGUUAAUGAAGUAGGAAUUCUGACUCCAAACGAACAACCAACAGAUAAACUAUAUGCAGGACAGGUGGGCUACCUGAUUGCUGGAAUGAAAGAAGUAACAGAAGCCCAAAUAGGAGACACACUGUUUAUGCAUAAACAGCCAGUGGAGCCUUUGCCUGGCUUUAAGUCAGCGAAGCCAAUGGUUUUUGCAGGAAUGUAUCCUGUAGAUCAAACAGAAUAUAAUAACCUCAAAAGUGCUUUGGAAAGGCUGACAUUGAAUGAUUCCAGUGUGACGGUUCAUCGUGACAGUAGUCUUGCCUUAGGAGCUGGAUGGAGGUUGGGUUUUCUUGGCCUUUUACAUAUGGAAGUUUUUAAUCAACGUUUGGAGCAAGAAUAUAAUAUGUCUGUUAUUUUGACUGCACCUACUGUUCCAUAUAAAGCUAUUCUUUCUUCAGCAAAGUUGAUAAAGGAGUAUGGUAAAGCAGAGAUUACCAUUAUCAGCCCUGCUCAGUUUCCUGAUAAAUUUUCAGUAUCUGAAUAUUUGGAGCCAACUGUUCUUGGUACUAUUGUAACACCCCAAGAAUAUAUUGGGAAAAUAAUUGCUUUAUGUCAGGACCGUAGAGCAGUCCAGAAAGAUAUGCUGUACAUUGAUGAACACAGGGUUAUGCUAAAGUACCUUUUUCCACUGAAUGAAAUCGUGGUGGAUUUUUAUGAUGCUCUUAAGUCUCUGUCUUCUGGUUAUGCAAGUUUUGAUUAUGAAGAUGCAGGAUACCAGGCAGCAGACCUUAUCAAGAUGGAUAUUCUUCUAAAUGGAAAUGCAGUUGAAGAACUGGCAACUAUCAUACACAGUGAUAAAGCUUAUGCUACCGGUAAAUUCCUGUGCGAACGUUUAAAGGAUGCUAUACCUAGACAGUUGUUUGAAAUAGCCAUUCAGGCUGCUAUUGGCAAGAAAAUAAUUGCAAGAGAAACACUGAAAGCUUACAGAAAAAAUGUUGUGGCAAAAUGUUAAGAAAUCAAUGCCAACAGGACUGGACAAACCUAUAGGAAAAACAUGAUGCCUCAGUUAUCUUGUCCUCAGAUCUCAAGCUAACAUGUUUAAGUUAAGCGAGUGUCCCUUUCUCACAACUGUUAAGAGUUCUGACAACCUAUGUUGGAUGGUGUUCAUUUAACACUGUAUAAGGGUUCAGUUAAUUUAUCUAGAUGUAAGUGGUAGUCAAGAUGCCCAGAGUAUUAGAGCUGGCAUCCUGCUGUUGUUCCAAAAGGAUUUGGAUACCUUACAGUAUACCAUAGUUGUAUCUAAUGUCAGCCAGGCUUAUGUGAUAAAAAUAUAUGUGUAACUGAAUUUACCUGUAAUUGUCCAAAUGAAAGUGCUCAGUUGCUCCUGUUCUUUGUAACUACUGUUUUUUGUGAUAACUUUGCAGUAUAAAAUGAUCUUAUUUUGUAAUAUAAGCAGGCUUUCUGAGUAUUGUUUAAGCCCUUGAGUUCAGUGUUACUGAGGUGUACUGUAGUUGCAUUUAAGCUUAAUAAAAUAUUUUUCCUUUUCUUAGUAUGGUGGAGACAUUACAAGAAGAAUGAAGCUUUUAAAAAGGCAGGCAGAAGGGAAGAAGUUGAUGAGAAAAGUUGGCAAUGUGGAAGUACCAAAAGAUGCCUUUAUACGUGUUUUAAAGAGACAGCC